AUGGCUUGCGAGGGUGAUCUUUACUCUGCACACUUUCUCGUUCGGAAAGCCCAAGGAGGCAGCCGGUACCUGGAUUGGCUGCACGCCAUCCUACACAAGCUCGAAGGCGACUUUCGGAAUGCCAAGAUGUGGUAUACCGACCUUGGCAACAGCAAUGUAGGCAACAGUCACGAGGCACCGAGAGGGGAAAGGCAGCCCGACGAAGCUCCCAUCUUCGGCAGGUUCCGGGAAUUCUGGUUCGUGCCUGCUGCCAAUGGAGGAGCGGGCGAACGGAGCCCAGGGACAGACCUCGACUUGCACAACUCUGACCGCCUUCCGAAGGACGUCAAGUUGACGGCACACGGGCACACCGAUUUGAUUUUCCUUUCGACGCUUUCAAACAGAGCCUCUUCCACAAAGACCGUUAGUGGCGAGUUCGUCGCACGCGAGAUGGAAAAGCAUCAUAGCACCACCACGCUCGCCGAAGACAAGAUCAGAGACUCACAGUCAGCUUUCAGCCUAGAUGAGCUCGAGGUCUUGUACGAAAGCGUAUCACCAGAAGCUGUCGGAAACGUCACGCAGCUGGAGCUGGCUUGGAUGCUCGAAGCCAUGGUGAACGAUUUUGGUUGGCGCCAAUAUGGAAUGGCUGACGCUGUCCAGGCUCUCAAACUCGAAUCGACGCCAGCUCAUCAGAAGGUCGACGACGAUCGUAAGGAAAAGGCUUCCAAUAUGGUCUUCAACCCGGGACAAGGUCAGAGGAAGUUCUGA